AUGGGCGCAAUUGUGGAGCAACUUGGUUACACCCUUAUGUGGUCCGCAGGCAGCUGCAAACUCCUUCACCCUGACGGGCGGAAGUUGAAGCUUCGUGUCCGCAAUGGUUGCCCGGAACUUGUGCAGUCCAAGGCGUUGGAGUUGAUUUCGCGCUUAGAGGAGAGAAAGCUGGCGGAAAUUGAGCAGCUCAGGCGCCACACCGAGGAAGGCAGGGACAGGAUUCGUCAGGCCAGGAUUGCACUUGAGAAGAGCUGGUGGGAGCACUUGAUGGACUACGCCCGUGAUGGCGUUUCCUGCUCAGGUGACGCCGCUGUUGCAAAUGCACCGUUCUUCACUGAUGUUCCCCGUUGUGCGUUGCGAGGUUUGGUCCCUUCAGGUGAUGCGGGCGACGAGUCAUUGUGGGACAUGUUGCGCAGUGCUUUGCCCAACCUCAACAGGAGGAGGAGGAAGGCGCUACAGCAGUCAAGGCAUUGGAUUGUCCACUUGUUUGCAGGAGUCACACAUCCAGAUGUGUAUUGCCUGUCUGCCGACGUGGCUGGUCCCAUCAGAGUCCCUGCAAAAGACCCCGAGGGUAGGAGCAAACAUCCGCCCGUGUUCCGGUACUUUUUAGCAGCGUCCUAUCGUUUUCCUAAACUCCAAGGGACAAAGGACGAACCCAACCCAGCGCAGGUUGAUGGGUUCGAUGAUCCUUUACUCCACCCUGGCGGGGAGGACGAGUUAGCCGACGUUGUUGUGGAAGGCCCGCCGGAGCCAGACCACCGCCCUGACGGGAAGGAUGCGCUGCCCGAGGAAGAACACCCUUGGGAAAGGGCCAAGUGUGAGUUUGAAGCUCCGCCAGGCCUAGCUAGGUUGGUGUUUGUUGUUCCGCUGCACACAAACAAGAGCGAGGCAGUGCUAGAGGCGCUACAACAAGUGUUCCUUGAACUUCGCUCAUUGAACCUUCCUGUGCUGCGCUUCCACUCGGAUAGAAGUCGGGAGUUCUUUAACAAAAGGACCCGAGCUUGGUUUCACGAGCACGGGGUGCGUACCACCACAGCUGAAGGAGAUACGCCGCAGCAAAACGGAGCAGCUGAGAACACCAUCCGCUGGUUAAAGGCUAGGGCGCGCACGCUCCUCGCCCAGGCCGAAGUUGGAACAGAGCUGUGGGCAUGUGCAAUGGCCACUGCGGCAUCGCAGCAACGUGCGCAACAGCUUGGCCUCAAGUCCAAGCUUGCAGCUCCGUUUGGGGCACCGUGCUCUGUGAAACUUAAGUUUUACGGACCUUCUAGGGGUGACUUAGGGGAUAGGUGGGUAGAUGGUAAGUACAUGGGGUUGUCGCCUUCUGUGAAUGAUGGCCACAUUGUCCUACGCAACGACGGAGUAGGCAACGGCUUCCUCCAAACACUCCAUGUGCGCUCACGCCUCCAUUCGCCAGAGAUGCCAGACCGCGUGUUUGAGGGCGAUGUGAGGGAGCCUGCGCCGCUCGAGCCGGCAAGGCGUGUGCGUGGGAAGUCCGAGCCAGCACUUGGCGAGCCACCUCUGCCACCGCCUCCUCUUCCACCGCCGGAAGGUGAGUGCGUGCCCGCACCUGCAAGUCGCACUCGACUCCGUGGGAAGUCAAGCCCUGCAGUUAGCAAGUCUUUGCUGUUCCCACUGCCUGACGGUGAGUGUCCGCCUGAGCAAUGUGAAGCCGUUGAGGAGGAGUUUAGGGCCAGUCGGUUUAGUGUUGUGGACCUUGAGGGUUUCGCAAAGGAGUUACUGCUUGAAGACUGGGACCUUGAAGAGGCCAUGUGGGUCUUGGUCCAGUUCAGCCGUCUGCAGUCUCUUAAGGCCGGCCUUUACCGACACGGUGGUGUAGUAGGCACCACGAGUGCAACAAACUCUUACCCCUGGCUCACAGAGCUGAUGGCCGCGACGCUCCUGUCCGCAAGUCCAGAGGCCGAGUUCACGAGUCUUUGGCUUUCCAAUACGAACCCCAUGUCCUUGCAUGCAGACCACAACAAUGUAGAAGGGUCUGUCAAUGUAGUCUUUCCACUCAAACUCCCUCCUGAAGGCGGAGACUUGUGGGUAGAACUGCGAGCAGGAGAUGUUAUCUACGGCUCUGUUGAGCAACGAGUUGACAGUGCAGGAAAGAAGUGGUUGGGCACAACGCACAGCCUGCAAAGAGGUAAGCCCUUCUACUUGGACCCCAAACGCCGUCAUGCCACUACCCCUUUUGAAGGUGAAAGGGUUGUGCUCGUAGCCUACACUGUUAACACCUUAGGGAAGGUGCCAGAGUCUGAGCUCCAAGCCCUCGAGUCCUUAGGCUUUCCGCUCCCUGCUUCAGCACGUUUGCCCCUCACAACGCAGCAAGAUGUCAGGCGCUUGGACGUGUUUGACAUGUUCGAGCAGGGUCCCUUAGAGCUAGCAGGUGAAGACUGCCCGAAGAAAGUAGAGAAGGGUGGGGGUUGGAAAGAGGCUCAGAAGGUAGAAGCUGGAACUGUAGAGCUAGAGGUCUCGUGGAACCUCAAGCACACUCCGAUGCAGCACGAGCAGACACCUUGCGUUCUGCAGACCCUGGAGCCAAAACCCCAUGCGCAGGUCGAGGAGGAGUCCUGGCCAGAACAGCCUGUGCAGUGGGAGCUGUGGCUUCCAGACCCCCAAAGUGGCCAGCAACUGCGUGCACUCCGGUCUGACGACCUGGACCUGCGUCUUUGCAAGUCCGAGCCAGUGUACACUCUAGACAUUGAACAGCUGCUCAGUGGUUUAACUGAGCCACUGCAGAUAGUUCAUACUGUCGACCCGCGAGAGGCGGAAAAGCACAGUGAAGUGUGGAUCCCGUCAAUCCUGAAAGAGAUCGGGGUCAUAGAAAAAGCUGUGCACCGUUUGCCGCCUAGCGAGGUGCGCAAAGGGAACUGGCUUCACCGCACUGACGUGAGGGUUGUGCCGGCAAAGCUGGUUUUCACUGUUAAGCCUCCUGACGUGCAAACCACCGCGCCCGGGAACGGGGAGCACGCAACCCAGGCAAGCUUGUUCAAACGCAAGGCGAGGCUUGUUGCGUGUGGAAACCAUGCCCCUUCCACUGGCACCGAAAUAUACGCGUCAGGUGCUGCAGCAGAGUCACUUCGUUGUUUGGUGGUCAUCAGCUCUAAGAGGGGUUGGAGGCUAGGCAUCUUGGAUGUAACCUCAGCGUUCCUCCUCACGCCCAUUCCCCAGGGUGACGGGUUUCCUGUGUUUGCCCUAACGCCGCCGCGCUACCUUGUGCGGCAAGGUCUUGCGCACGAGGGAGAGCUUUGGAUCCUCACACACGCCGUCUAUGGACUCAGGGAGUCACCAAAGCUGUGGUCAGACUUUAGGGACUCUCAGCUUCUUAACCUUAGAUGCAUGGCCAACGGGGUUGAGCUGCAGCUACUCAGGGGCAAGUUAGACACGAACUGGUGGCGCGUCGUGCAAACCAGUGAUGGUCAAGUCGUGGGAGGUUUAAUCACCUACGUUGAUGACUUCCUACUUGCUGGAUGUGCUGAAGUCAUCGAGGCUCUCGCUAAGGCUAUCCAGUCGAUCUGGAAAACGACGCCCCUCACACUUGCCUACGCAGAGGAGCUGCUACGCCUCAACAACGUCAAGCCCACUGCGCUGGGGAAGAUCCCUUGCCCAAGAGACUUGGUGUCCUUUGACACUCUCCUGACGGAUGAGGCGCCCACCGAGGAGUCAGUUCGUACAGCCCAGAGGCUGACCGGAGAAAUCUUGUGGCUGAGCCAGCGAACGAGGCCGGAUCUCGCGUUCACCGCUUGUGUCCUUGCUACGUUGAGCACAAAGGCGCCCGAAAGGGCUGCACGCAUCGCUGAAAGGGCACUUGCAUACGUGCAGCAAACCAAAGCCUUUGCUCUCACUGCUGACGCAGAUGACACGGGCUUAGUUGCAUACAGCGAUGCCUCUUUUGCGCCAGACGGCAAUCGCUCGCACACUGGUUGGGUUGUCUUCCUCUACGGCUCUCCUGUCUGUUGGCGUUCCGCUAGGCAGUCGUUUGUCACACUCAGCACUGCAGAGUCCGAGCUCGUCGCAGGACUUGAUGCCGUCGUUGCACUACAGUCAGCAGAGGCCAUGCUGGGUGAGUUUGGGGUCUUUAACUUGGGUAAGACCUUGAAGGUUGACUCUCAGUCUGCGCUUGCUAUCGCCAUUGGCCAAGGGUCUUGGCGAACCCGCCACUUGAAGGUGCGCGCCAACUAUUUGCGAGAGCAGUAUGAGGCAGGAGAGAUAAUCCCCGUUUACUGCCCUGGUGUGGAGCAGGCUGCAGACCUCCUCACGAAAGCGCUUCCUGCAGCGAGGAUCCUCGAGCUCGCAACCAUUUGGGGUUUGUUCGAGCACUGUCCAGAGGACCCCCGCCAAGCGGAAGCUGUGGCUGCCGACCUGCCUACCCACCCUCAGUAUCCGCAGAUCAAGUUGCUUUUCCUAUUGCUUGCAAUGGUGCAGAUCCAAAGUGCCAAGUGUCAGCCUGAGCUCGUUGAUGAAGAGGAGGGAGAUGUACAUCAGGUUGAAUUAAGCACGGAUCUCAUGUUCAUGUUGCUUGUGGGUUUUGUAGGCAUUGGUUUUAUUGCCGUGCGGGAGCUUGCCAAGUGGUGCCUGAGACGCCACUCUCUUUGCCGAAUCCACAGCACUGCCAAGCAGAGGAAAUUGCAACGCCUUCGUGACCGAACGGCCCAAGCAAUCGAGGCUUCCGUGUGGCGCUGCCGAGUCCCCUUCCACAGGAAGUCGUCGUCUUCCUGCCGAGCAGACUAG